AUGGGUCAUUACCAAAAUUUCAGACAAAUUUUUAAAGGAUCAAAGACAAAUAUCUCAGAAAUUUGUUAUGCUUUUUAUGGUGGCUUUUGGGCUUACGGGGGAUAUAAUAAUUUACCUACAAUUGCUGCAGAACUUAAAAAUCCUAUUAGAGAUCUCCCAUUAGCUAUGUGGAUUGGAAUGAUAUUAGUUACAGUUUUCAACCUUACCGUUAAUGCUGCAUACUUAACAGUAAUGACUCCUUUAGAAAUUGCCACUUCAAAUGCAGUAGGAGUGACAUUUGGUAAUCAAGUUUACGGCCCUGCAGCUUUCAUUAUACCGGUGUUGGUGGCAUGUUCAUCAUUUGGUACUUCAAAUGGAAGCUUGAUAUCUAGCAGCCGGAUGUUAAACGCAGUUGCCCAAAAAGGUCAUGUGCCAAAGUUUCUUUCCCUUAUACAUAAAAAACAUCACACACCAUCUACUUCUCUGUUUUUUAUAGUAAGUAAUUUACUUGGGGUUAUUGGGAAAAAACCUUUUAUCAUGACAUAUGACAAUGCUUCAAAUAUGACUGGUCAAUAUAAUGGAAUUCUAGCAAAUAUUAAAACAGUGAAUCCAUUUGCUAUAUUUAUACCAUGUUUUGCAUAUUCCUUAAGUUUAGUAGAAAGCAGUACUGUUGAUUGUUGUCGAGCUUCUAGCUCUGGUAUUGUGGUUUUACCUCCUCCGGCUAAUUACCAUAUAAAGGUCACUUUACCAGAUGUCCGCAACGACUAG